CUGCAAGAGGCGUGCGGCGAAGUGAGCUCCCUGCAUCGCAGGUGAAGCGAAGCGUCAAGUCGUGCGAUGUGCCGCGGACAGAUGGGCCACGACGUCGCUACCGCUCCGGCCCAGGACUUGUCCUCGCGUCACCUGUAAAACUGUCGACAGCGCGAACGCGACGAGUCGCGAUGGUGGCCGACAAGCCAGUCGAAGAGUGGACGGUAGGCGACGUCGGAGAAUGGCUGCACGCCGUCGGCUUGGGCAAGUACGAAGCGACUUUCGGCGAGCACCUGAUUGACGGGCGCGCUCUGUUGACCAUCUCGGAGUCAGACCUGCGGAAGCCGCCUCUCGAGAUUCGGCUUCUGGGGGACAUCAAGAACCUGAUGAUCUGCAUCCGAGAGCUACAGUGGCAGAACGUGGCCGCUGUCAGGCAGCUGAUGGGACCGGGCGAGCUGGUGCCCGCGUCGGCCGCAGUGCAGACCGUGAGCCGUCGAAAUUCGACCCGCAAGAGGCGCGGCUCCUCGGACGGCACGGCUCCGUCGACCGACGUUUCCUUCGAGUACGAUGACGAUGAGAACUCCGACGACGGCUCCUACUCGGCCGGAACUGCGGCGGCCGCCAACAGCAACGCUUGCAAGCAGCGCCGUUUCAAGCCCGAAAUCUGGAAGACUGUCGUUGGCAUGCUCUACUUCCUCGCGGUCACCUGGAUCACCGCCAUAGUGAUGGUCAUCGUGCACGACCGCGUGCCGGACAUGCAGACCUACCCUCCGCUACCCGACAUAUUCCUCGACAACGUGCCGCACAUUCCGUGGGCCUUCGCCAUGUGCGAGUUCACGGGCCUCGUCCUGUUCAUCGUGUGGGUGUGCAUACUCGUCUGCCACCGACACCGCUUCAUCCUGCUCCGGCGCAUGUUCUCCCUGUUCGGCUCCGUGUUCCUGCUGCGCUGCAUCACGAUGCUCAUCACUUCCCUCUCGGUUCCCGGCAAGCACCUCCAGUGCAAGGCGCGUCACGUCGGCGACUUCUCGGAGAAGAUAGCCCAGGCCUUCGUCAUAUGGCAGGGCGGCGGCAUGCUGAUCCAAGGGGUGCGCACCUGCGGCGACUACAUGUUCAGCGGACACACGACCGUUCUGACGCUUCUCAAUUUCUUCAUCACCGAGUACACGCCGCGCUCCUAUUACUUCCUUCACACCACUUCCUGGGUACUCAACCUCUUCGGCAUCUUCUUCAUCCUGUCGGCGCACGAACACUACUCCAUUGACGUGUUCAUCGCCUUCUACAUUUCCACCAGGCUCUUCCUCUAUUACCACACCCUGGCGAACAAUAGGGCGCUCAUGCAGAUGGACAGCAAGCGGACGCGUAUCUGGUUUCCGCUCUUCUAUUUCUUCGAGUCCGGAGUGGACGGUAUUGUUCCCAACGAAUACGACACGCCGUUCAGUUGGCUAAAGUGGUUCAAGCGCAAGGCCGCCAACAUUGCCGUCAAGUUCAAAUUCACCAAGACCCUUUAGCACCCAUAAAGCAAGCACAAGGUGCACCGAGAUGUAACUGACCCCGUCAGCUCUGGUAUAUUUUUCCAAAAUUUGUCGCUACAGGUUUUUGUACACAGCACUUGCGAGUAUUGUCGAGUAACACUGGGGUACUGAAGCUUCCCCAAACGAGUGCGUCUUGCAUUCAAGCUUCAUGCAUGAUACACGUGCAUUAACGUUCCACUGCCCUUGGCAUCAUUGGUGUGUCGACACCUUUUUGCCACACCUUUCCAAGAUUUGCAAAUUUCCACGCCACGAAAUAGGUCUCAAUCUUUGUCUGCAAUGGAACCCAAAAAUGCUCGUUUGAACUAAGCCGUUUGUAUUCAUGUAGCAUAAUACUUCCACAAUGCUGCAUGUUGUUCUGUGCUAUGCUGUUUCGUGGUUACCUAUGUGCACUCGUGCGACUUGUGUGACGAGUCUACAGUGACGCGUCCGAACGUUCAGCCAUGCAGCAUCGUUUCCAAGUUUUCUGAAUGCCUUUGUCAGUGCGUCGGCUUACCAAGGCCGUAAGUCCCUCUUGCUUUGUUUUUCCGUUCCUCCCAGGCAAUUCCCAAAUAGCCUCUCUGAGCACUCGUGACAUUGUCCACAAAGAAUGAUUUUGCGGACACAUUUAAAUGUCCUCACGACCUAGUGGCCACUUAGCGGCAUCUGUGCAUGACACUGAAUUCGUGGUCACUGAGUAUGCCAGCCUGAUCCAUUAUCAUAGUGACUGGAGAACUCCCUGAAAUGAGGCAUAAUUCUUUAAAUGUAUAGCACAGUUUGCCGACACACUGAAGUUCAAAGCAGAAGUGUGUUUGCAGAUUUUUGUACCAGAUCGAUGUGCCUAUGCCUUGAAGCAUUCAUAGAAACAUGACUGCACAUUUACUAUUCCCGAUGACCGGUGACAGUUUUACACUUCGCCGGCAGCGUUAACAAAAGCAUUUGCAUAAGCCAAAAAAAUAAAUAAAUAAACACUUGCCCACGUAACUUUUCAUAACGCCAAGCAUAAAGUAGCUGUGACACCUGUGCUGUUGUUGACACACUAAUUGAUAACUUUAUUGUUGACUUUGGAAACAUAUUGCUCAUGCCUGUUGUUUAAUGAAUCCAGAUUUUCUUGCGCUUAAGCAGCGUCAAAGCAGGUACAAGCUAAUAGAGUGCCCCGUUGGCUUUGCAGCUGCAGUUAUUUGUAUUUUUCAAUGUCUUGUGCUGUCCGAAUUCACAAGCACAAGGUUACCACAAUUUAGAUUGAUAGUUUUCGAAGCCCGGCUGCAUUCCGUUAUUUUUCAGCAGCAUUGUUCAUCUCGCAGAGAGGACAUUCGUUUUGGUAUGUACAAUUCAUUUACCAAUCUCCGAUCAGCGACGAGCUUACUUUAGUUAACAUCGAUCGACAUUGUGUCUAGUGUAUUAUUGCAAACACUUUGUCUUCCACAACAUCUAAUUCAAACGUGGAUGAGCAUGUGCGCUGUGCCUUCGCUUGUUCCAGUGCACUUACUUUUUCGCUCGGCAUUGUUGGUUGUAACAUGUAUCUUGUCAAAAAAAAAAAAAAAGGGAAAGGCCUAGCCACUUAAUGACUCAUUGGGCUCUUCCUUCAUUGUUUGGGCAUAAGCUGUCUUCUCUUGUGCAUACUUGCUUUUAGGCUGAUUUCAAGUGUUCCAUUUAAAGACAUGUGGAACGUAGAAAUGCUCUAGUUAAACCAUGUCUGAACUAAGUUGAAUAAACUAUUGUAUUGAAAGCAUCAAGUCAGGUUCCACUGAUGUUGGAAGCGGACUCUUUAUUUGUGCCCUCAGCUUUCUAAAAUAUACAGAUUGAUCGGUGAAUUAACAUAUAAUUAUAGCUAUAAGCAGCAAGUUUACCACUUUGUACCAAGAACCAGUUCUGUAAAUUAUACCUCUUGAUUAAGAAGUAAAUUACUUUACAGAUUACACUUAGAUGGUUACUUGGGUCAGUUGAUCAUUACAUAUUAUGAAUUGUGUUAUCCUUAUAAUUGAGACGUGGGGCUGGUACUUAAGUGUUGGAUCAAGAACUUAUUUCCCAUUGCUAAAGUUCAACUCGUAUAUCACUGUGUGAGAGCAUUUUUGUAUUCCACAUGUAUUUUUUGUAAGAGGGGCUUGAGAUAAAUGACUCCUCUUAACAAUCACCACUACCACAUCUGUGUUUACCGCAUUAUCAUUCCCUGUCUUUAAAACUGCAAGUAUAACUGCCCCCCAAGCGUAAUCUCCAAUGCAGUGUGUUAUCACGAGGUACAAGUGCUGGUCGGUACAGGUUAUUGUGUUUCCUUUUAUGCAUGUUAAGUGUAGUUGACGCUGUUUGGUGGCAUUUGUGCGUGAUACACAGCCAAGCGAUUGAUUGUCGGGGUUGGAAGUGGUCACUGAAACUUGGAACCCUCAAGUGUCAUGAAGUGCUUGAAAAAAAAGAUCUCUUCAAUUGUUUUCUGAUGAACUAAGCAGGUUUUUGUGUAGGCAUCUGGGCUCAAGGCUGAUGCCCUCCGGAAGUCAAGGUUUCCGGUCGAUGCCCUCCAGAUACAGUUCUACAUUUGUGUUUGUUGGUAGUGGAGUUCUUCAAUCAUACGAGUUGCAGAACACCCCCCAUUGGCUACAUGUAUCUGAAACCGUACACAACAUCAAUCGGAAUUGCCAAGGUCUUCUGAUUGUUAGGGCCAUCUGUUGGCGCAGAAACGAACUAAUAUAUGGCAUUUUCUUUCGCAUCACACAUGCCCACAAGCUUGAUGAAGCCAGCAGUGUGCUUACGUUUGGGUUUCACAUUUUGCUGGUGAUAUUACGGCCAUAGAAAUCUUUAUUGAACGCACUCCUAAUUCUUGCCGCGGUAACUCGCAUAGUGACAGUGAAGACUGCAGUGAUGCGGUGUGCUUUCUGUCAUUGCUCCCAGGUAGCGUGUCGGUUUGCUUACCACUGCAGAUUUGUCCGUGCACGCGUCCAGGUUUUGGAAUGGAGUUUCGCAGCUGAUAUCAUUGAAUGACUCUGGGUUGGUGGAGGUUUAUUUGUUAAGCCUUUGUCUUAAGCAUUUUUCAUUCACAUCUGAGGAAAAAUAAGUUUGCUUGUUCUUGAACACGAUAGUUUAUUUUGGCUCUGUGUUGAUUUGGCACUUGAUAACGCUUCGUCAAACCCUGCAAAUUCUUAAGAGCUGUUGCAAUGCUUUUACCCCGCCGAGACUGCUACGAGCUUUGCAUGUGCUCUGUGUUGGCUUUACUGCCGAGUUAACACAGUUAUGUGAAUACACGUUGCAGUGAUCAGUUUUGUUGGUCGUGCAAAGCACUAGCUUGUUUGUAUCUGCUACAUUGAGUUGUGUGCGUCACUCAAAGACUCAUACCUUCAAACACUCGCUUGGCUGUGCUUCACGCCACCACAACAGCCUACCUCUAGAGACUCAGUAUAUGUAUAUAUAGUUUAUUUAGUCCCUCAGAGAGGGAUACGUUAUAUUAAUCACUGUGAUAUCUGUUAAUUGGAUUAAUAUGUUUACAGCAUAUAUAUAUAUUUUUCCUGUAUUACGGUUAUUGUCACUCACUGAUUAAUCUCAAAAGGUGGUGUACUUCGAGGAGGUGCUUGCACAAAAAAAAAAAGCCCAAAGCUGGAAGCUCCUGACUUUGAAAUUCCAAAAGCCGCAAGUUGUGAAUUUUCAACUUGCACGGCCUAUGCAACAUUUGUCAUUUUAUUUGUUGCAUAGCAGUUUGCAAUAACCUAUGUUAAGCUUUUCCUAUUUAUGUAAGAAAUGGUGGAUAAGUUAUUCAAUAAACGAUGUUGACAUGAUA